UCCUGUUUGUCUCACUUCACGCAGUUGAGAGACAUUCUUUGGCUGUUAGACGAACCUUGGGACCACUGUACGGCAAAAAAGAUUCUAGAAAGGUAAGUAAAUCUUGAAUACGUGUCUUUCCCGAAAUUUCUUUUUGGGACUCCCGGAUUCAAACCCGUGAAUCGGCAAGGAAACCUUUUAUGCACGAAAUUUUCUUGAUACAUGCCUCGAGGCCUCUUACAUUUGGAGGGGAAAGGAUAUUUUAAGAUCUGUUUUGUUUUAGUGUCUUGUUUGCAUACAAUUAUGGACGGAAAGAGCUCACAAUUUUCUAAUAACGUAUUCAAGGGAAAUGCUUAAUCCACAAUCUCAGCGCCUUUAUCCAUAAUCUCUAUUCAUUUCUACUCCCAUACAAGGUUUGUCAUUAUGAAUGUAUUUUACGUGAUAAUUUAACUCAUGUAAGUCAAAUUAAGCAACAAUAGUAGUAAGAGGGCAUAACAUUACUCCAGUAAUUUCUCGAACAAAUAAGAAAACAGUCAAAAAAACUAGCGAUGACGAUAUUAUUUCAUGUCCUUUCAGUUUCUUGGUAAAAUACUGGUACAGUUUAGCAACCGAAUUAAAGAACUCUGCAUUUUCGUUUUUAAAGCGGAAGUCUAAGCUAAACACUUCUCAUUUUAGAUAUUUUCCGCAACUGGAAUGGAAAACUGAAGUCCCUCUCGAAACAGCGUUCCUCGUCCGCUCUCGCGUUUUGUUGUACUUUCCUUUCAAAGUCUUCCUUAAAAAAUCACUUUUUUAGAGAGAAAUUUCUAGAGUUGUUGAUUAGGUAUCAUCUGACGCACUUUGAUGCCCUAGUCACCCCUUUUCAGCACGACCGACAGCCGUGACGGCGGCAAAGAUAGUUCGUGCACUGAUCCACUUUCCGCAAUAAAAUACUUGCAUUUAUAGACAAACUGCGCUUUUCGAUAACUUGAUUUACGCUUUGUAGUUAGUUUGGAUGACAAGGAUAAAAAGUACAGACGUGCACGGAAUAAAUAUAGGUUUUGUCUUAAACAGAUGUUUUCAUAGUCAGGAAAUUUUACCACGUUUUAUCUCGUGUCAUAAAUUAUUUUAAUAGGUGGUCUUGAUUAACAGCCAUUGAAACCAAAAGAUGUGUUACGCUAUGGCUUUCUUGGUCAGUUUUUAUGUUUUGAACCAGUUUCUAGGAAGUCUAUUUAUCUUGCAUGACUUUAUAUUCCUUACGUGUUUUAUGACAAACCCUCCAAACGGAACGUUAGGGAGGGGAGUAUGGGGGGAAUAUUUUAGACAUGUUUACAAGGUAUUUUGGUAUCUUUAUGUUAUAAAAUUCAAAUUGAUCGUGUUUUCUGUAGUAAAUUUACAGAGUUACAGAGUUACAGAGUUACAGAGGAAGAAAAUUGCCUUGCCGUGAAUUUUUCGUUGUUUUGAACAACGUACUCCUUACCCCUCCCUAAAGGAAGUCUUAAGAUACUUGCUUGUUAUGAAAGACAUGACGUCAUAGCACUAUUCUCCAAUCCUGUCGUUUCUACAAAGAGUAUUAUUUAUAAGACUGAUCAAAUCCGCCCUCAACUUCCUUUGUAGAUAUUCGAGGUUUUCGCUUAUGGCGUUGUUGUGGCGCUUAUAGAAGAACUUUAAUCUUCACUGUUAUCAUUUUCUGGAAAGUUUCCUUCGAUUGAACAUGGCGGACAACGAUAUUAUCGAAGAAAUUUGUGUUGGCCAUGGAAAGCGUUCCCUCGUUGCCAGCUUGUUUCAGCGAAUUAUGCUCCUCUUCAGUGUGGAUGUUCAAUUCAGCUCGCCCGAGGAAAGCGCUGCUAAAAGUGGAACUCAGUGGCUAGCUUUAAAAGGAGAGAAGGACAAUGUGGAUAAGGCAAAGGUUAGUAGGAAUUGCAGCUUGUGUUUGUGUCGUUUAUAGCGCGUAUCUUCGAGAGAAAAAAUUCCUUCUUGCGAAAUGCAACGAGAAGGUCACAAGGCUUUUUAAAACUUCCGCAUUGAAAUGAAAAGCUUAACGGCGAGUUUACGUGCGGUUGUCCUCUUAAAAGCUUUAAUUUUGGAACUCUUAUUCUGUCUUCUUCUGCUGGAAACAUAUUUUAUUUCGAUAGAAAGUAUGCUUCUAGCCCAAAGUGCUCAACGGUUGAAAUGCGAAUCUCUGACAAUCAAAGAGACGAAGUUAAUUUCCCAGCUGCUUUCCUUCGGGUUUUCUGAAUAAAAUUAUAAUUACAUUCUUUCAAAGAAAAGCGCAAAAAAAAAAGAAAACAUUGUGAGCGUGUGUUUAUUGUGGGCCUCGCUUUUGGAAGCUUACAUGGAAUCUCUUUCCUUUCUAGGAAUAUGUUAAGUCCCUUUGUAAUCCUGAGCUGGAGUUAGAAGUUCCGUUCAGCGAGCGCUUCUACGAAAUUCUGUUUAAAUCACUUGAUGAACUUGAAAAAACUACAAGUGCUGUGGUAAAGUUUACUUCACGAAACAGUUGUCAUCUUCAAGGCAGUGCAGUGUCGGUUACGAUGGCGCAGUCGGCGAUUGAAGACAAGUUGCGUACACCUCCAACUUCGCAUCCGCUAAGCGUGCCCGCCAUCGAACCUCAAUUGAGGGAAUUUGCACGAAAGCUGGGCUAUUCUAACCAAGUCAUAGACCAGGCGGUCCAAAAGCUAGGACCUGAUGUAAGUCAGAACACGCUUUUGAACGAACUUCUGAAAACAACUGCAUCGUUGCCUUAUCAAAUUUCUGCUUCUGCACAACCCAAACCUACUUCAGCAAUGGGUCCUUACCCUGUUAGGAGAGAAGUUGUGGCCAGGGGAGCGCCAAACACCUCUGCUCAUGUGUUAAGGGCUGGCUAUGAGAACCCCAGAGCUGCAGUACCUAGUGUUCAACACAGCUGGGAAAGAGAUUUGAUGGCAAAAGGAGCUUCUGCGAUGCCUAGGCCAAACCAUGAACUUUAUCCCGAAGCUAUUCCGAGAGGAACAAAAAGAGUUCUCGAACGUCCUCCUGAUAUCAUUGCUAGAGGAGCAGGGCCUUCUGUUCCCCCUUUAAUGCAGGUUCAGCCCUACAGUAACCCUGGACCAUCUCCAUAUGAGAACCACAGAGAAGCAAGCAGCAGUGCUAGUGACAGACUUGACGAACAAGAACAACUGAUGUAUCAACAAAUACUUGGUGCUAAGAAAGUUUCGGGGAAUUCGUCUUCAAACUUAAGACCAGUGGUUAUUGAUGGGAGCAAUGUUGCUAUGAGGUGAGUAACUUCUGCUCAGUUUGGAAGGACUUUUUAUUUUAAUGUAGGUUUUCAUAUAUCCAUCAAUACAAAUUUUCUUUGAUUAAGAGAUUUGAUUAAAGCAGUUAGCAACAUUUGAAAAUCUUUGCGAUUAGAAUAGGUCAUGAUCAAGGUUUAGGGAUUUACUAGACUGAAAAAUGUGGCGGAAUUGCGAAAUUAUUGGACUUUGUUUUAGUGGGAGAAAAAAUGUGACAUGCUGAAACAAGAGAGUUUUGUUUUGUUGAAAUGAGAUCUGUGAACAGGAAGCUAAUUUGAAUAUACUCUGAGCAUGAGCAGUUGUUUCAGAGCUUAAACAAGGUCAAAUGUGUAAUAUUAUCCUUGUGGUUGAGUAACUUCCUUUGUUGAGCAACAUCCCUUACACGACAUAUUGGUUUCGAACCAACACAGUUUUUCUGAAACUAUUUUUUGAAGAGACUACUUAGUGCAUUUUUGAAGAUUAAUUUUUGAGUCUGUCAUUUGAAUGUGAAUUUGUUACUCAAAUAUAAAAAAAUGGACAAGUAAAAGAAAUAAAAUGAGCUGAUAGACAAGUUCCUGUUCCUGUUGAUCUUACAAUGGGUUUCUUUGUCAUCUUGCAUAUGCAAAUAUGCUGGAAUUUAGUUGUUAUAAAUAGCCAGAACAUCCUCCUCAAAUGAUUAUAUACCAGAUCAAAUUAAACCUAUCACUAAAGUACAUAAUAAUAAAGUAGACUUUCAUCUUUCUCUGUUCUGUUUUCUAUACAAAAAAUUGAAAUUUUUUUCCUUUCUUUUGCACAGUCAUGGAAGACAAGAUAUCUUUUCCUGUAGAGGCAUUCAACUGUGUGUUGAGUGGUUUAGAGCAAGGGGACACAAAGAAAUCACAGUUUUUGUGCCAUUAUGGCGGAAGGAAGCCUCACGUCCGGACAAACCCAUUACAGAUCAGGAUAUUCUGUACAGUCUUGAGCGUGAUGGUAUCCUAGUUUUCACUCCAUCCAGGAAAGUGAAUGGCAGAAGAAUUGUUUGUUAUGAUGACCGCUUUAUCAUCAAACUUGCAGCAGAGACAGAUGGUGUGGUUGUCUCAAAUGAUAACUUUAGAGACUUGACAAAUGAAAAUCCAAAAUGGAGAGAGACAAUCGAACAAAGAUUACUGAUGUACUCUUUUGUUGGGGACAAGUUUAUGGUUCCCGAUGACCCACUGGGCAAACAUGGACCCAAUCUUGAGGACUUUCUUCGAAAGGGCUCUGCUACUCACCCUCGAAUUUGCCCUUAUUUGAAGAAGUGUACUUAUGGUCUUAAAUGCAGAUUUUACCAUCCUGAGAGAGACCAGGAGACAUUGAAUUUAAAACUUGAGAGAUUGGUUGGCAUAUUUGGGGAAUCUGUGCCAGAAGCUGCUAUGAGAAAGGCUAUUAAUGAUAACCCAAGUGCCAAUGUGACAGUCUUAGCUAAUAUUUUGUGUGAUAUGGGGAAUGGACUCUCCAAACACUGAAUUUUAACCACUAUAGUAGUUGAGUACAGCUGUAGAGUACAUGAACAUUACAAGUAAAUAGAUAUAAAUAUACACUAGCUCCUAAUUUUCUUUUGCUAAUCAUAAACUACAUUUACAAGUAAAACUGAAUUUCCUCUGCAUCCACAGUUGAGAAUAUGUCUUUUUGUGAAAGGCAUGCUAAAGUUUUGAUUUGGUUGAGGUAGAAGUACUACCAGUUAUGGUUAAGGAACAGUUUUUGUUAGUUUCACUAGAUGUGUAAAAUGAUUUUCCUUAGCAGUGACAAGGUUUUAGUGGCAACGAGAUAAGGCAAAGUUACUGCUUUUUCUGUAUUAUCAAUAUUAUUGAAAAUGACCAUGUCUAAUCAACUUUCCCAUUGUGGAAUGAAUAAGACAGAGUGUUGUACACCCCCCAAUGUAUAUAUACCUGUGCAAGCAUUGUUUGCCAUGUUGUUUUUCUACCAAAAAGUGCCUUAUGACUCAGCUGAGAGAUACUGCAGAAGAAGAUUUCUGUACUUAUUGAGUAACAACAUGGUCUUCAAUGAUGUAAUGUAGGUGUAAAUUGAGGUUACUCUCUAUGAGAGCAAAAAGUGUGAUCGCCGUGCGGUUGAAAAAAAAAUACAUUGGAAAUAGUGAAAUUAUUGUCAAAUUCUGCAGUUGUUAAAAGUAUAUUUGAAAAUAGGAAUUUUGCUUACAUGUGUUAUGGGAUAAGAAUUUGACUUAAGAGUUUCCUUGUGUAAAACAGGCUUAGAAAAGAUAAUGUCUGCUUGAAAUCAAGCAGUCCAAGACUGCAGCAUUCUUGAAAAAAGAAUAACUGUCAAUGUAGGUAUUUUUACCUUUCAUCCUACAUAUCAUUUGAUAAGGUUAAAUAAAGAAGAAGAAAAGGCAUAACACUUAGUUCAUGUUUUGGCAUAUUUCUAUUUGCUGUUGUUGCCAUUUCUAAUUUAGCAAUGCAUUUACUACCAGCUGCUAAGCUUCAAAUCUGCCAUGAUAUGACCAGCCUUUAACGUUUUUGAGGCAAAUUAUAUUGUAAUUAUAUCAUGUCAAGAAAAAAUAAAAGAAAAAUAAAAAAGUGAAAGUAUUCAAA